AUGCAGAAUGCAAGAAAGGAUGCAAAGCCUGGCAUCGACGAUUUCGAGUAUGCCCUGCAGGCGGCGGUGCUAGAUCGUCUGGAGCCACAUGCAGAUCCCGCCCAAGCCAAGGAGAGGGAGGCUCAAGUGCCUCGGGCACUGGAGCUUGCUGCCGACGUCGUCGCGGCGCUCUUUGAGUACUCAGCAGCACCCGAGGUCUCUGCGGCGGAGACUGACAGGUGCAAGUCGUGGUGGAUGAUCUUUGUGCAGAUCGCAGAGGAGACCACAAAGCUCGUAUCUCUAGGGCAGCUGGAGAAGCUGGUGGAGGUCUUCGAACGCAGCCUCCUGAAGCUGCGAAAGGCGUCGUUGGCUUUGGCGGCACAGCGCCUGAAGGAGUUCGAUGCCAAGCAAGAGGCGGACAUGAAGGCCGCCAAGGAAACCUCUGAGGAGAAAAAGUCUGAAGCCCGCGCAGCAAAAGACGCGAAGGAGCGUGAAACCAAGCGACUGGAUGAGCGAAAAAAGCUGAUCUCCCAGCUCGGUGUCUCUCCGAACGGCCAUGUCUUCCUGACGAUGACCUCGCUGUUGAAACAGCUGAGCUCCCGUCUCGUAGGCUCUUUCAACUGCCGGCUUCGAGCCCGGAUUUCCCUGCUCCUGGAGCGGCUGCUAGCCCUGGAUCACAAGGCCAUUGCUAACAAUCAGAAGACUCGAGCUCAGGACUUUUACACCGUGGACGACUUGGACAUCGAUGUGAAGGUUCUUCCGUACUCUCUGGAUGUUAGCGAGGCCAGCUCUGUGCCAGAGGUAGUGCCGGCGCCGGCAGAGAAGGAGGUGGAUCAGACGCAGUCGGAGCCUGCUCCCGCAGAAGCUGCAGCUGAGGCCGGGACGAACGGCAGCAGUCCGGCCGAGGAGAAGUUCAGCAGUUUGGGCCAUGAUCCGAAGCUCGGGUACAACGACUACACAGGUUUCUGGGCGUUGCAGGAGUCGCUUCAAGUUGCUGAGAAGCUCUUCGAGAAGCCCGAGAACUGGAAGCACUUCCACGGGGCGAUGACGAAGCUGCUGAAGCAGUUCGAGAAGUAUCCGACCUCGGCAGAGCAGCGAGAGCCCUGGACCCCGCCUGAGGCGGCCCCGCAGCGGCAGGUCGCUCGUGCCCGAGCAUUCCGAGUGCAGAUGGACGACCCGCAACUCCGGAUACAAUUCCUGACGCAGGUGCUGAUUGCGUUCCAGGCUCUGGAACAGGACGUGACCAGUCGCAGAGAUCGCCCGGGUGGGCUGAUCUCGACGCAGCCCGACUCGAUCUAUGCUCAGUUGAAGGAGAUCAGGAGCUGCAUCGAGAAGGUGUUGACUCAGACGCGAGCCAGCGUGGGCACCAUGGUCACCCACGUCUUGGCGCGAGAAUCGCAUUGGGUUAACUGGAAGGGCCAGGGCUGUCGUGAAUGGGAGCAUGACAGCCUGGAGAUGCUGACGGGCAAGGUGCAGGAGAUUGAUGCGGUGGGAAAUGCUGUCUCGUUUCCCAAAAGCGACAAGCCCAAGCUGGAAUCCAGCAUCCUCAACCUCCUGAAGGAGGUGAAAGACUUCACGCCACCGGUGGUGCAGAGUCCCCGAAUAGACGGGGAGGGGAACCCCGAACCCUGUGCCCUGGAAAUUCGGAAGCUUGGUGAUCGGGCCUUGGACCGACAUGAGGAGGACGAGGACCCCGCCAAUGGCAUAGAAGACGAGUACAAGGCCAAAUACAACAAGGCCUUCAUGUGGCAGAGCCGAAGGUUGUUCGGCCGACACCACAUCCGCGUCUAUGCCCGGAAAGAAGUUUCCGGCAAGACGGACUUCAUGGACUUCGUCCGCUCUGCUCGGAAUCGGAAUCCUCCUCCGGAGCCGGCGAAGGAGCCCGUUGAAGCCGCGGCGCCCACAGCUGCUGCUGCUGCUGCCACCGCGCCCGCAGCCGCAGCAGCACCAGGGGCCCGGGGCCCUGAAUGA